AUGAACGGAGAGGCUUACAAAAAAAUUCUACUAGCUUUAUGUUGUACUGCAUGGAUUACAUUGCAGCUUUGUAAUGCUCAAGGUACGAACUCAGAGGGUUAUUCGUUUAAUAAGUACAGCUCACAUGCGAACAAGCACAAUAGUUUGUACCUCUCUCUAAGUAGACUUGUUUGGUUACAUGACUCAUGCAGCUGGUUUCAUGCUCUUAUGUGUAUAUUGUGUUAUGGUGUGCUAACAUACAAGGUAUAUCGUGAUCGUAGUGCUUUGGGAAUAUCAUUGCAAACUUUAUGGGCCUUAUGUUUCUCUGAACUAUGUGGAGCUUUACUAAAUAUAUGGUUCUGCUUGCAUACAGGAGCUUCUCUUGACUGGUCUUUUCAAGUAGACCUAAUAUCAACAGUACUGUCAGUCUUAUGCUGGUACACUGUCUGGAAAAAGUUCUCCAAUACAAUUGAAGACCAAUAUGAUACCUUUGGAUUAAAUAUUUUAGUCAGGAUACUUUCACUUAUAGGUUCCAACUCAGUCGAUAGCACUGCUUUAAAGAGUGGAACUAGAGCAGGCCAAAUUCGGCCUACUGGCUGGGCUGGGAGAAUUUCUGGGACAAUAUAUUGGCUUGUUUUAUACAUUUUUGCAAUUCCCCUUUCAAUGCUAUUUCUUGCAUUUCGUAGUAGGAGACGCCUUGGUUUUGUUACAUCGUUGCUAGCUUAUGAUGAUGCUGUUAGAGCUUUAGCUCUGGUCCCUCAACUUUAUAUGUUUCACAUAAAAAACCCAAGAAAAGUUUCUGAACACCUUGCUUUAUUCGUCAUUUUUGAAUUUAUCCUAAAGUUACUUGCAUUAUUCUAUUGGGUUUCAAUGCCUCUCUUUAGAACUCCACACGAAUCAAGAGGAUAUAACAUAGUAGUUCAAUUAGUUAAUAUUGGGAUUUUGCUAGAUUUUGCAUAUCAUUAUUUGAGGGCUAGGUUAAAUGGAGAGAAAACAUUACAAUAUGCAUCAGAUUUAAUGAUUCCCUUUUCUCUCUAA